AUGAGCUCUCUCCUCAUGUCCACCCAUCACGAUCCCCAGCGCAUCUCCCUCAUCAUCCGCCGCCUCCGUCCCUCCUUCGCCCGCCGCGCCCUCACCACCUCCCCACCCGCCUCCGCACCUCCGAUCCCCGUCCCUGUCCGCUCUCAGGCCUCGUAUCCAGUACCCACGACUCCAACGUGUCCGCCUUCCGGCUGCGCUUGCGCUGCGAUGCCGUCGGGGUUGGAUAUCGACUAUGGGAGACCGUUGGAUGGCACGAUGCCGCCGUAUGUGCAGCAUGUGGUUGUCAGGACGGGUAGGGAUGAUUGGGGGAGUAGGAUUGAGGAUGAGGAUGGAAGCGUGGAGGGUAUAGGGAUGAAUUUUGCGAGAAGCUUGAGGGGGUUGGUCGGGAGGGGUGGGAAGUUCUUUGAUCCUCAAAGACCCAUCCUCAUAACCAACUCCUCCCUUCCAGCGAAGGCUGGUCCGGAAUACACAUCUGUCCACGUCUUCCCACAACAUGUGCACGUGCCAAAGAUACCCCACACGCCCGAAGCUCACGAGGCCUUUGUGUCCCAAUUCUUGAUAUCGAAGGGCGCUAUGGCAGAGAAGAUGUGGACGAAGAGAGAGAUCCAGAAAUCGGAAGGAGAUGAUGUUGACCAGACGGGAUUUCCAAUACCAGAAGAAGAUCUCGUGGCUUACAAAUCGAGGUUGAAUUAUGCCAAGAAUGUGAGUCCUACGAUCUUGAUCUGCGGGCAUAAUUCGAGAGAUACUCGCUGUGGUAUACUCGGGCCCCUGUUGCGAGCGGAGUUCAAUUCGUACAUUGGGGGGCGAACUCAGCUGCCGGCUGAUGAUGAGCGCUCGAUGGGUUUCAGAUUCAGUGGGUUGCAACCCGUCAGUAACGUCGGCAAAUCAAGGGUCGCGCUGACGAGCCAUCUCGGAGGUCAUGCGUUUGCGGGUAAUGUGGUUGUUUAUCUGCCGAAACGUUUUAAGUUGGCAAGUGGAAAGGUGUCGCCGUUAGCGGGGAUGGGUAUCUGGUAUGGGAGGGUUGAGCCGAGACACGUAUGGGGAAUUAUGGAGGAGACGGUCCAGCGGGGAUGUGUUGUUAAGGAGCUCCUGAGAGGGAUCCACGAGCCUGGUGUUAUCGAUGGGUAG